AAUUUUCAGGAAGUCCCGUCUGUUUUUCCUGUUUUUUGCCCUGUUAAUUUGACUUCUUAACGCUGACUUACAAUGCAUAAACUAACUAACUUUUUAUGGUUGCAAGAAAAAAUUAAAAAAUUUAAUAUGGGGAAAACAUAUUUAUUAUAGCUAGCUAGCUUUAGUAUAGCUAGCUCUCUCUCUCUAGCUAGCUAUAUAUAAGAAAGGGCAUUUCAUUUAAGUGUACAUAGAGUCCAGACUACACAGACUUAGGGUUUGAUUUAUCUAGAUAAUAUAGCCAGCUCUAAUAGUGUGUUUAUAUAGCGUCUAUCUUCUGCCCAAUUACGGACACCAAUCGAUCUUCAGAUACAGAAAUGCAUGGUUUCAUAAAAUUGGCCAGGCUAGGCCCAUCUUCGGUUGCUUUUUCAGAUUUGUUUGUGAUUAGGAAGCGGUGUGAAGAGCAAAUUUGGCAGUGCUGUCCACAAUAAAGCAAAAUAAAACAAUUAGAAGUUAGUAAUAGACAUAUUUCACUAUGACGCGGUGUGGCUCCCAGGCUUCUGCGCAUUUCGACGGGCAAAAGAUGGCAGCAGAAAUGGUAAACAACAUGUGAAAAGAGCAUAAAAUAUUACUAUAAUUACUCAAAAAACUGAAAAAGGAAAGUCGUUUCGCUUAUCGAUCGAAGCUCUUGUUGCCAUCUUAUAAUGUCUGCUUGCUCAACAAAAAAGUCCUUGCCUGUGGGGUAUUUACUCGUUUAUUAUACAUCCCUUCUGUUAGUAUUUAAAAAUCAUGUUCAUGAAAGCGAGAACAGCUGUCAAUCAUAUUUUUUAAGCUAUGGAUGAUAUACAACAAAGUUAAGCCGAGCCGCAGACUACGUACGUUUCCGAUAAGACAUAACAGUUUAAAUAAACCAGCAUAUAAACGUAGCCAAAAAUGUACCGAUUGUGUGAAGCACUUCAUCUUUGCUGAUAAAAACAAACAUUUAGAAGGCACGUGCGUUUAUUUAUAUUUCAACAUGUCGAAAAAUGCUGACUAUUUUCAAAAUCUUUCAAAUGCAGUUAAAUCCCACUAUACUGGAAAACUUACACUCGCAGAUGGGACUAUGCUUGCAGAUCCUUACUCGCUGCAGACUAGCGAUUGGAGCGAUGACGUUAUAUACAAGAUAUAACUUAUGUUGAUCUGUAUGUGUGUUUGGUUCACACUCCUAGUGAGUUCACACACAAGUCGCUUAAAGCACACAAAUCCUUGGAAGCUUACAACUUUUAUCUAUCAGGGCACGUACAAGAAGUGUAUUGUCACCACUUAAAAGAAGUAGAUUUCUGUUACAUAAAAUCGUCUGUGUUACCAAGUCAAAGGCAGGGGAAAACGCAAAAAUUAUAUGACACUUGGAUUAUAAUGCAUAAAACCGGUUGGAUAUAUUCGGCAAAUUGUACCUGUGUUGCAGGGUAAGUUUAUUUAUCGUCUUUUUAUUAUAGUGAUCAAACGAAUAUUAUAAAUAAUGACAAUAUUUUUUUAGACUUGGUUCAGCUUGCAGUCAUGUUGCUGCAUUAUUAUUUAAAUUAGUGGCAUGUGCUACAUUAGAGCUGAACAAAACAGCAUGUACUAGUGUUUUAUGCUCUUGGAAAAAGGCAAGAAAAAGAGCUCAUCCUGCACCCUUAAGUAAAAUUGACUUUAGAAGACCAAAAAAGACAGAGACACUUCCAAAAGUUGAUGAUCCUUUUGGAGACACAAUAAAAGGUUUUGUAUCACCUGAUCCAAUAAAAUUUAUUACUGGAAAGGAUCAAGAACAUCUUGAUGAAUUAAGGCAGAUUGCUCCAGAUGCAGUUAUCUUUAAAAGCAUCAGUUUAUGGCUUGACGAUGAUCAAAACCUAAACAGUGACACAGAUAGUGCAAACGAAAAUGAACAAAACAGCCUUCCUGAACCUCUUACAUUUAUUUAUGAGCCAACAACAAUUAAUAAAACUGAUGCAGAGGUAAAAAAUAUUGCAGUAAAAAACUAUGAAAAAUAUACAAAGUCGUGUUUUCAAAAUCAAUAUGAUAAUUUGAAAAAAGCAACAGCACUCCAAAGUAUCAGUAGCAAAUGGAUGUUGCAUAGGGCUGGGCGUAUAACAGCAUCAGUUUCAAAAUCUGCCUUCACAUGUGAUUUAGAACGGACAAAAACAUUAGUGGACACAGUCAUGCAAUACAAGGAUCAAGUCGAUGUUGUUGCUACAAGAUACGGAAAGAGAAUGGAAACAAGAGCUCGGGAUGUUUAUACAAAGAAAUUGGAGCAAAUACACACUAACUUUCAAGUCAAAACAACUGGUUUACACAUUAAUACAGAUUUUCCAUAUCUUGGUGCCAGCCCUGAUGGCAUAGUUCAAUGUGACUGCCACAGUUUGGGCUUGGUAGAAAUCAAAUGUCCUUAUAAAUUCAAAAAAAGCCUUAAAAAUUGGAGACAGAAUAAGCUCUGUCCAAUUAAUUUAACUGGAGAAUUUAAACAAAAUCACGCCUACUACUUCCAAGUGCAACAUCAAAUGCUUGUAACUGAUACAAAAUAUUGUGACUUUUUCGUUUUUUCACAAGGCAAACAUGCAGAGGAUACAUUUUUGCUAAGAGUUAAAAGAAAUGAUAAGUUUUGCCAAUCACUAUUACUGAAGCUUUCAGAAACUUUUCAGAAGGUAAUACUACCAGAGCUUGUAACUAGAAAGAGUGAUCCUAAUUUACAAAACGAAGAAAAACUUUAUUGUUUAUGUCUUAGACCAUCAUUUCUCCCAAUGAUUAGAUGUGAUUACUUUGGCACUUGUGACAUUGAAUGGUAUCACUAUUCAUGCGUAAACAUUACUAGAGCUCCUAAUAAGUGGUUAUGUCCAAAUUGUUUCAAAAAGAUUUAAAAACCUAUUGUUUUUUAUUAGAUGUAUAUAAUAUAUGUUUGUGUUAUGUUUAUGUAUAUAUCAUGAAAAGUUUGCCUUAUGAGGAAAAAUUUCUGUGUUAAAAAAAGUGAGAUUUGUGAGAAUAUGCAAAAUUAAAUCCACAUCAAAUUUAUUCUUAAUAAGGCAAUAUAAAAGAUAUAUAUAAAAAGUUAGUAAAACAAAGUCAGUAAAAUAUAUAUAAAGUUUUUAAAAAAAUUAUGUUUAAAGUUUGUAAAAAAUGUUUGAAGUUAGUAAAAUGUACUACUAAAGUAUAUGCACUACAUAUAAUUUAUACAAUGCCUUUGCUUAUGUUGACUAGUGCACAAACAACCACCAUUACUUUAUCCAUUAGGUUGACUUGGGUUAUCGGAAUAGUGGUGUUCAGAAUCAAGAAUUUUCUUAAUCGUCCAAUCACCCUCUCAACAUGUAUUCGAACAUUUGCAAUUUGCCUCGAUUGAUCAACAUCUGCAGCAGACAUUUGGUCUUUUCCCCUAGUAAAUUCAGGUAUCUUCAAAAAUGCUCCCCUUGUGGCUAAUUCUUGUUCAAUAAGAAAACCUCUAUCUGCCAAAACCAUAUCACCAUACUCUACUAAGUCUAGAAAGCCACUUUUGAUCGUUAUUUCUUUAUCUGAUACUCUUCCACCCCAUCCUCUAGAUAAAAAACUGACAGAGCCGGAUGGAGAACAAGCUAUCUAAUAUUUUAUUGUAUUGGUAUUUUUGUAAUUAGACCAAGUCUGUGCCCUGGCAUUCAAGUGUAAUGGUCGCUGAAUAAAAAUUUCUGUGCGGUCAAUUAUACAGCAACAGCUUUUAUAGCAUCUAAAACAUUUUGGCAAAUUUUUUCUUAAAGCUUGUUUUUCAGGCCAUAUCAGUGUAAACAAUAAUGACUUUGCUAGUAGUGGUAACAACUGUCGAUAAAUACAAGAAAUCACAGGUGGUCGAACUUUAAAUCUAUAUGCAAUGUCCCUAUUAAGAAGUCCAAGUUUUAAUUUCAUGAGGACUACAAGGACAUGAUCUUUUUGUGUCAACAAUUUUGUUGCAUGCUUAAUUUUAUGUUUUACAAUAUUGACCACCCAAUUAAAUCUUCCUUUGUUUAAGCCAGUAUAAAAAUAAAACAUUUCAGGAGAUUGUUUCAAUGACUUAUAACAAAAUUUAACUUACUCCUCAAGUUCUUGUACUUUCUGACAUAAUUCUGACAUGGAAGGACCUUGAUCUUCUGGGAGUUUAAAAUCAUUGUCAGAUUCACUUUCAGCUACUAGUUCAGAUGUUAAUUUCCUUCGUUUUGUGAGUCGAGAAUGUCUAUGUUGCUUUUCAAGCUUUCUUUUCUCACUCACUCAUUUUCCACAACGUUCAAAUACUGAGUGUACCCAGUCUGGAUGGGAAGAAUCUUUGGACUUUUUUCCUAAAAAAGCAAACAAUAAAAAAUCUAUAAAAUUUUAAAAAUUCUAGAGUGAGGGGACACAAAACACAAUAUGGCUCACACUACUUUACAAAAUAACUUUUAAAAAUGAGUGAACAAAGUCACUUACCAGACACAAAAUGUAAGUAAGUAAGUAAGUAAGUUAUAUUUGCCAUCAUUAUAAAAUCGUUAAAAAUAUUUACAGAGAAAAAGAAAUUGAAAACAAAUAAAUAAAAUAAUAAACUAUAUAUAAUAUUAAAAUGUAUCAUAAAAAAUAUAAAAAAAAAUUAAAUGCAAUUUUCCUGAGUGUUGAUAUGUUUGAUGGCUGGAUAACACAAAACAAGCCAAGGCGAGAUUUCCAUUGUGGUCCAUUUCUACCCUUAUAGAAAAAAAGAUAAGCAAAACGAAAACGAAAGGAUUAUCAAAAGAUCAUGUGAAUUUAAUUCACAAAAUCAUCUGAGUCCCUUCUCGUUAUAACAUCAAAAUAGUGCUUUUUUAGGUUGUGUUUAAAACUGUUUGUAGUACUAGAUCUUUUAAGACCCUCAGGAAGAGUAUUCCAUAAGGAGGGUCCAAGGUAGGAAAGACACUGUUGACCUUGGGAUGUUUUUACACAAGAUUGUUCAAGCCUCUGGAAUGAUGAACGAGUCGAAGCUCUUCUAUGACUUGAUGGAAUAAAUACAUCAGACAUGUACAGAGGACAUUUUUUCUGAAAAAAUUUAUAUGCAUGAUUGUUUACGCAUACUUUAAACCUUUCGCCAACUGGUAGCCAAUUUAUUUCCUUAAAAUCCGUAGCACCUACAUGUGAUCUGCUACUUUUUUGUAAACAGAAGCGAACACAUUUGUUUUGAGCAACCUGGAGCUUCUUUUUUAAAACUUUUGUCAGGUUUGGAUACCACACAGUACUGGCAUAGUCGAAAUGUGGUUGAAUUAAAGAGUUACAAAGAAGUCGUCGCAGAUCCUUGUUCAAAAAUGAGCUUUGACGAUAAAGAAAUUUAAUUUUGCCAUUAAUUUUGUUAAUCACAUGGCCAUUGACUCACCAGACAGUGAUUGGUCAAAGAUGCAACCAAGAUAUUCAACUUUCGUAUGCUGCUUGAUUUCUACUCCAUUGUAGGAAAUAUUAAGUUUUUCUGCUUUCUUAAUUUUUCCCCUGGAGGCAAAAAGAAUAGACUUAGUUUUAUCUUCACCAAAGUGUAUGCUGAGUUUGUUGUCCACAAACCAAUCACAUAAAUUACUGAAGUCUGUAUUAAGAGCAUUUUCCAUCUCAGUUAUGUCUUUGUGUUGAAAUAAGAGACAUGAAUCAUCUGCGUAGAGAAAAAGAUCACAUUGUACUAAAGCUUGUGGCAUAUCGUUUACAUAAAGUAAGAACAGAAGUGGACCCAAGAUAGAACCUUGGGGAACACCACAUUCCAGUUUACCUGGAUUAGAUGAUAAGUUAUCUAUUGACACACAAAAUGUUCUGUUUGCAAGGUAAGACCUGAACCAAAGAAUUACUUCAUUUGAAAAUCCAAGAGUUCCUAAUUUUUCCAAAAGUAUGGAGUGGUUGAUGGUAUCGAAAGCUUUUUGUAGGUCAAUGAGGAUCAUACCAGACAGCAAGCCUGCAUCAAAACCUUUUAAAAUUUUGUCAUGUAUAUAUGAUAGACAAAAAUCUGUUGAAUGACAGCUUCUAAAGCCAGACUGAAAUUUAAAUAAUAUAUUGUUUUCGUCUAAGAAAGCUUGUGUUUGGUUAUGGACCACUCUUUCAAUAAUUUUAGAAAAAAGAGGAAGCAAAGAUAUAGGGCGGUAAUUCUUUGGAUCAGUUCUUGAUCCCUUCUUAUAUAGUGGCUUAAGUUUAGCUAUCUUACAUUCACUAGGGAAAGAUGACAGUGAGAUAGAAAGAUUACAUAAUUGAGUUAUUGGUCUGCAGAGAACAUCAGCACCAUCCUUCAAGAAAAUUCCAGAUAUAGUAUCAAGUCCUGGUGCUUUUGUUGUACUAGUAUCAUUCAGCAAAUUCAGCACAUCUUCUUCUAAGACUUGCUGAAAAUUGAAUAUCUUGUUUCCAAUGUUUAGCGAUUUGUAAUAUGAGAUGACAGCAUUUAUCCCAAAUCUAUUUGAAGGCUUAGGAAGAUUUUGAAGCAGCCCAUCUGCUAGACCAGAGAAAAAGUUCUUAAAUAUCUCUAGUUUUGAUUUUGUAUCAAAAUGUAAGGCAUCCUCAUCCUUUAGACAGUAGUUCGGAUCUGACUUCUUUGAGUUGUCAAGUCCCAUAGACUUUAGAGUCUUCCAUAGUUCCUUAGGCUUGCCUGUGUUUUCUGUUAUUUUGUUUUUAUAGUAUUCUUUUUUUCUUUUAUUGAUCAAAUUUUGCACAUUACUUUUUGCUUCAUUCCAGAGGUCAGAAUCAAUUUGUAAUUUUGACUUCUUAAACUUUUUAAAAAGUUUAUCUCUAGUAGCAAUCUUGUCUGCAAUCUCACCAUCAAACCACUCCUGGGAGUUGCAUUUAAUUCUGGCCUCUUUAGUAGGUGCUAUAGUAUCUAUUACUGACAUUAGUUUUGUCAAAAAAUCAGAGUAGGCCAGAUCAAUGUCCGUGAACUCAUUAUAAUUUGGAAAGUUUGUAUCCCUUAGGAGACCCUGAUACUGUUCCUUUGUGUAGUUUUUAAAAGAUCGAAAUUUGAUAUGUUUGUGGGUAUUAAACUUGACUUUUUUGACUUUUCUGGUGCAGAAAAUCAUUUGGUGAUCUGAUAGUCCAACAUUUAAAACUCCACUUUGAGAAACUUUACCAACACAAUUUGUUAAAAAGUGGUCAAUAACUGUUGCAGUAGCACAAGUUACCCUUGUAGGCUCAACAAUCAAUUGUUUAAGGCCAUAAAGCGAACAAAAUUCUACAUAUUGCUUUUGCAAUCCAGAGACAUGAUCACUCUUAAGUGCUGUCUUAUUCAUUUUAAAAAUACUUCUACCAUUACAAAGAGUAUUGAUAUUAAAGUCUCCCAAGAGAUAGAAUUCUUUCUCAUCAAAACCUAAUGUAGUAAAUUCAUCUGAAAAAUUAUUGACAAAAUUAUUUUGAUCUGGUGGUCUGUAAAACACUCCAACAGUGAAAGGCUUUGUUUUAGGAAAUAAAACAUCAAACAUGACACAUUCCAAAUUUUCUGAAAGUCGCUUAUGAGAAUUGUAACAAAUAUCAUUUCUAAUAAAGCAAGCAAUACCUCCUCCAUGCCUGUUUCUGUCACAUCUAAGGAGGUUAUAGCCUUCAAUAGAUACCUCAGAAUCUGUUACAGUAUUAUCUAGUUUAGAUUCUGUUAUACCAAUAAUAGCUAUUUUAGUUGAGAACGCUAUUGCCCUAAGUUCAUCAAUUUUAGGUAAAAGCGAAUUAAUGUUGACAUGGGCCAUAUGAAACCCUCGCUUCUUGAACACGUCCCAGUCCUCAUUCACAGUUGUCAUAUCCACAGGAGGGCCAGGGUUUAGACUUAUGUCACCAGAAAAAAGAAUCAAUGAACAAAGAUAGUUUGUCUGGUUUUUCCUGCUUAAAACAAGAAAAGACAACAUAUAGUACUUGAUGUUAGUUUCUAAGUUCUUAUUAGUAAUUUUGUUACAAAGAGCUACAGAUUCAGGCACGAAGAAAGAUGAUUUGUUACAACGCUCAAGUUUGGAGUAUUUACAAACUUCAUUGUGAUAACUAUGUCCAACAAGUGUAACUAUGGCAAUUUGAAAGAAACAACCAGCUGAUGCAAGCAAUAAGUUUCUCUUUCUACAGCUCAUAACUUUAAGAAAGUUAACUAUGAUGAAGACGAAAAAUAUAAAAAUAUUUUCAGGAAUGUAGAUGUUUGCAUAGUUAUUGGCCAGUUCUUUCUGCAGGUUAAUACUGUUUUUUUCUCCUUUCAAACCGUCAAAGGUUUGAUUAUAAUAUAAAAAGGUGAGAAUAAUAAUUUAUGAACAGGUAAAAUUGUCUUACUAUUUAAUAUAGUGCUAUUUACAAAUUCAGGCUUAAUAUUUUCGAAAAUUGAAAUUGAACAGUUAAUAAAAAACAAACAGAAAAUUAUGUUAAAAAAUAAAUGAAAAUUAAAAAUUUUAGUUUGCGUUUUCCUUUUACCUUGUGUUAAUUUAUCACGAAACAAGUUGUUAAGUUCCGUAUUACUUGUCGUUGUUGGUACCUUUUUACGAGUAGGUUCAUUAGUUUUUCGUUUCACAGUUUUUAGUUUUACUGUUUUUUCGCGUUUCUUUUUCAGCCUUUUUUCGUAUC